AAAAGGAAAGCUACAUGUUAUUUUUCUUUCACCCUUAUCUCCUAUAUACGAAUGCAAGUAUAUGCUCUUACGAAAUGUUUUAGUUUAGAUUAAAUACUCACCGUAUACUUCCUCCCCGGCAUUUCCAACACUUGGUAUCAGAGCCAUGGUCGGUGAAGGUUCGCGCACUCCGUCACGCUCGCCGGUACGACGUGGGCGGAGUCCGACGCGGCGAGGCGGCCGCGAGGUGGUUGUACAGCAGCGUGUCGUCCACCAGGCCAGCAGCACCGUUGUCUACCCGACGUUGACGGCGACGAACUAUUUCGAGUGGGCGCUCAUCAUGAAGGUGAACAUGGAGGCCCAAGGCGUGUGGGACGCUGUCGAGGGUGGCGGGAGCUUUAGCGAGGAUAGGGUGGCGCUAGCGGCAAUUUUGCGAGCCGUGCCACCGGAGAUGCUCUCCACGCUUGCCGUGAAGGCGACGGCAAAGGAGGCAUGGGACGCCAUCAAGACCAUGCGUGUGGGCGAUGAGCGUGUCCGUGAGGCCAAGGCACAAACUCUACUCAAGGAAUUUGAUUCCGUUCGCAUGCGGAGCGGUGAGACGAUCGACGACCUCGCCAUGCGCAUGAACGGACUCGCCAACAAGAUUCGCACCCUCGGUGAGACCUUCGAGGAGGUGAAGGUCGUGAAGAAACUUCUUCGGAUCGUGCCGUCCAAGUACACCCAGGUAGCUAUUGCAAUUGAACAGCUUCUUGAUCUUAAAACCAUGUCCAUGGAGGAGCUUGUGGGAAGACUCAAAACGGUGGAGGAUAGGAGCGAUGCGGACGACGGUGUCGACAACAAUGACCAUGGGGGUGGAGGUCAAUUGCUCCUCACGGAGGAGGAGUGGCGUUCUCGCUACCCGCGGCGGCACCGGCAAGAAGAAGAGUACAUUCGACAUCCGUAAGGUACGAUGCUAUAACUGUCAGGAGUAUGGGCAUUUCUCCAAGGAUUGCACAGCACCAAGGAAGGAGCAGGCACAUCUCGCCUUCGCGACCGCCGACUACGAGCCGGCACUGCUGUGAUGGUCCACGAGGAGUUCUAAAUAAAUGACAACAAGAUUAAGGGGGUGAUUGUUGGAGUUAAUCUUGUUGUUUAUAAUUUCGUCAUGUUUAAUUUAGUUUAUUUGGAGUCAUUGAUGCAUUUUAGACUAGAGUGUUAGUGCACGGCGGGAUGAGUCAUGCCAAGUAGUGUGCGUCGCGUGACACCGUGCAUGUGUUGUAGCGGUACUAAUGUGCGUAUGUGCCGUUGCAUUAGUGUUAGUCUAAUUUGAGUCAAUUAGUUAAGUUGCACAUUAGUUAUUUGCAUUUAGUAUUAUAUUAAUUAUGUUAGUAUUAGUGGGUAACCAUGCACCAGUACGUACGUUUGGUACUUCGUAUGUAUUACGUGAGUAGUGUUAGUGUGCGUAGUGGGUUUGGGAUGUAAGUCAUGUAACCACCUCCGUAUGUUGAUUUAUAAAUAGAAAAGUAUGUAUGUGUCAAAGCUAA